UCUUGUUAUGUCAAUUGUAAAUUUUAACCGGUAAAAGUAUUUACAAAAACACCGGAAAUUAAGUAAUUGUAUGUAUAAUAAAAGUAAUUGCCAUGAAGUAUUGCUUGAGAACAAUCCAUUAGGAAAUUCAGAUCGAGUAAAGGAAAUAUUGUAAUACGGAAAUUAAAUCAAAUAAUCAAAAAUGGAAUAUUUAAAAUACUACACACUCCUCGGUAUACUCUUAAUGAGUUAUUAUGCAGCUUCAAAAUUAAUAUUCGAUAAAGUUUUUACAACAAUACCUAUAGUAAUUGAUGAAUUAUACCAUUUACCUCAAGGAAUGCUCUACUGUGAAGAAAACUUUACAUACUGGGAUCCAAAAAUAACAACAUUACCAGGCUUGUAUUUAAUAUCAACUGUUAUCUCACCAUUUUCUUGUACCACUUAUAAUCUAAGAUAUGUGAAUUUGAUUGCUUCUUGUAUAAAUUUGUUAUUAUUUUCGUCAUUAUUGCAGCAUAUUUAUGGUAAUUCAAGUAAUCCUUUGAAAAUAUUACUGCAAGCGGUUAAUUUAACUAUUCUACCUCCUUUGUACUUUUUUUCACAUGUUUACUAUACAGAUACUUUGUCUAUGAUGUUUUUAUUGGCAUAUACUCGCUUUUGUAUCGGAAACAGUAAUAAAUUUUUAAUACUUACGUUCGGUUUGUCCUGUGUUUUGAUGAGACAGACUAAUAUAGCAUGGAUUUUUAUGAUUUUUCUACAUAGAAAUAUUGAUGUUUUUAUUAAAAGUUCACGUGUGUACGGUAAUAUAUUUUUGAAUAUGCUAACAUUACGAAAGAAUUCUCUAUUGGCUCAAGAAACUGAUAGAACUAAAUUGAAAAGGUAUUACAAUUUAAAUGAUUUUUAUAUAGCUGUGAAAUAUCAUUUAUUUACUUAUAUGAGUACAUUUUUUAAACUAUUAACAUUAUCGGAUUUUUUCUUCAUCGGAACACAAUUUAUUUUAUUAUUAUUAUUUAUAAUUUUCGUUAUUAUUAAUAAUGGUAUAGUUCUGGGCGAUAAAACUGCACAUCAAGCGGUCAUUCAUGUGCCUCAAAUAUUCUAUUUUUUACUGUUUUAUGGUGUUUUUGGUUUACCAUAUGUUUUAGGGAAGUUAAAAUCAACUUUAAAAAUGUUAUACUAUAAUAAGCUAUUAGUGUUUUUAUUUGGUUUAUUAAUUGCUUUAAUUGUUCAUUAUAACACUUUAGUGCAUCCUUAUUUACUCGCAGAUAAUAGGCAUUACACCUUUUAUAUAUGGAAUAGAUGGUUCGGAAAAUAUUCCUUCGCAAUAUACUCUACAAUACCUGUUUAUAUAUUCUUGAUUUAUAGUCUAUAUGACAAUUUAAAAGAUCAAAAUUGUAUAUCUUUUCUAAUACCAUAUUGUGUAUGUACAUUUGCAGUUUUAGCGUUACAAAAAAUGAUUGAAAUAAGAUAUUUUUUGGUUCCGUAUAUAAUUUUGAGGUUAAGAUUUAUUCGUCCGUCGUAUAAAAUUGUUUUGAUGGAGUUUUUCUGGUAUUUGAUGAUGAAUAUAGUGACUUUUUAUGUAUUUUUCACUAAAGAAAUAUAUUGGAAAGAUUUUGAUUAUGCCCAAAGAAUAAUUUGGUAAGAUUUUUUUAUGAUUUAGGAGUUAAAAUUGCCUUCUGUUUAAAUUUAUUCAAACUUGUUGCUUGUUUUAAAAAAUUAUAAUUUCAACUGAAAAAUAUCCUUUUAUACCCUUUUUGCAAUGUUGGAAGACAUAUUUGGACAUUUUUUUAUACUUAGAUCCAAAAUUUCAGAGGCUUGUGGAAAAAUUCUUUAUAAAAAAAAUUAAUGGUAUAUUUUUUUUUAUUUUUUGUAAUGAUUUUUUUGUUUUAUGAA